AUGAACUGUUCAGGGAUGCGAGUGCUUGGUGUAGCUGUCAAUGGGAUCUGGGACUUCCAUUGGCCAACGUUGGUGAUCGGAUUUGGAAUAGUAUGUUCUUUCUUCAACUCGGCCAAAAUGGACGUGAUGAACUGUGCUUUGUGUUUGAAGUUAGGAACUAAUGCUGUAAAUUCGUCGUCAAGCAAAGAAUCUAAAACAUGUUCGUCCACUGUGGUCUCCUCUGUGAUCUUCUUCUCGACCAGGCUAGUGAGCUCGUUUGAGCUGACCUCGGAAGAAUCGUACUCGGGGUAG